AUGUUUCAUACACCAGAGCAUAGUUCUCAAAAUGUUUGGUUCUUGUGUUAUAGCACCAACUUUGUAAAAGAAAAUCAUGUGACAUUCUUUAUUAGCAUCCUCGAAAUCUUGACCAGCGGAAAGCAGUAUCUCAUUCGCAAUAAAGCAUCUGAUACUUAUAUCCAGCGUGCACUCCAUGAAGACAAAAGUCUUAAUCCCAAGAGUGUCAUAUCCAUUCCACCCGGAGUGCAAGCACACCUGUGGACAAUCGAAAAAGACGGUGAAUUUUAUGUCCUCAAGGCAAAGGGAGCACCUGCGUUCGCCAAAGAUCACCUCGUUUUUGUUUCACUGCUCAAAGAGUCUAACAUUGAUGUGAAGUGGCGAAUCACUGCUGUUCCACAAUCCGGACGUAAUGAUUUCCUCAUCGAGUCUCCGAACAAGCAUGGAGGUUGGGUUUUACCCACAGGUGAACCCUAUACCCAGUCCGAGCAAUCCACCGUUCUAUCCCCCAAGUCAGCUCUGGAUCAUCACUCCCUUUGA